AUGCCCUCUCUUCUCUCCUUAGUCCUCACUAGCGUGAUGACCUACUCUGUCGUAGCUAGCAUCUCGUCUCCCAAUUACCUCCCCUUUGAGCUUGAGAAACGCGACUGCGGCUUCAGUUACUGCGAUUGCCAGAGAGUCCAGUGUUUUCUCGACUUUUGCUUCGACGAUCACGUAGAUCCCUGGGUUCUGGUCGACAGUGCCAUGAACCAGUAUUACGGGGUAGACUGUGGCCAGUUCGAUUAUUGGAAACGCAACGAGCCUGCUGAGUAUUGUAACAACGGGCUGCGUAAGGGCAACGCUCUUUUCUACAUUAACCGCAAGUUCGGCUCGCUCGGUAAAUCCUUUACGGUCGAUUACAAGAACACAGACGCCAAGAACCCGAACCGCGGCUCUGUGUCCGGAUCCUGCUACCCAGUCCAGGACGUGCAGUGUAACUGCCACUCGCGUUACAAUUCUGAGAAGCAUGACUGUUCAAACAGCUGCGAUAAUUAA